AUGGAGAAUGAAGGGAUAAUCAGGUCCCCCGAUUCAGAUUGUCCUGGAAGACCUGCGAAAAGUUACAUUUGUGGAUGCCGAGGACAAAGCGAGGGGGCUGUAGACGACGGUGGUCCCAGCCGUGAAUCCCUGCGGCUCCUUGUAGCAGCGCUGCGAGACAGUCGAUACUCCGAAGGGUCAGAGGGCAGCAAAAAUCUUUCCCUUAUCAAAGCUGCAGAGAGCUUGGAGGAAGCCCAGCUGUGCUGCGUCCUCUGGGCUGAGCCAGGUUUCUCCCUGACAUGCAGACUCUCGCCGAGCAGCCAGGCAGCGGGGGCCCAUGUUGAAGGUCGCAUUAAACCGGCACCGGACCAGAAACUGCUGCUGGGGCUGGCUGCCGCUGGAGCCUCAGCGUCUCUGCAGAAGAGAAUCAUCGGAGGUCAGAAAUGCAGAGACGAUGAGCGUCGGUAUCACGUGAAGAUCGUCGGCUAUAACAAGGCGCAGGACUAUAUCUGUGGCGGGUCUCUGAUCGCUGAUCGGUGGGUCCUGACGGCAGCUCACUGCUGGGAAUCGGAUCCCGGAUGGGUUAUCAAGGCCCAGGUCGGAGUUCAUCCACCAUGGCGAAAGCCAGACGAGCAUAUAAUCACCAAACAUGAGAUCUACAGAGACGGCAACGGCCGUAAACAUGACAUCAUGCUCCUCAAGCUGCCAAGGAAAACCACCGUCCAACCAAUCAGACUGGCUCUGUGUCCAGACUCUCUCCUACUCGGCACCAAGGUUCAGAUCGCAGGUUAUGGAGCAGCGCAGGUCGGCCCGUUUAACAAAAGAGUCCAUCAUCGUUCAGUUGAUCUCCAGUGUGCAGAGAUUAAGAUUGACAAACACCACAAGAUGGAGCUGCUCAUGUCCAAACACGAGUUCUUUGAGUACAGUUUCCAGAAGUGGUACAGUGCGAGCAGCUCCAAGAAGGACAUAGCUGAAGGAGACAACGGUGGAGGAUGGGUGUUCCAGGACAGGCUGUAUGGCGUCUGCGCCUUCUCGGGACAUCCAGAGUAUGCACUCAGUGCACCAAGUGCUUUCAUUGACAUCUGUGGCUACAAGGAUUGGAUAGACAAGAUAUUGACUGAACCACAAGAAAUCUUUGUCUGAACUGUGGCUAAAUGUUUCCAGCAUCAUGAAAUCUUUACAUUUAAAUUUUCAGUUGAUUCAUUUUGUGAUUUGCAGCUGAAUUAUUUGGGGACUAAUGUUGAUCAUAACGCUGCUGAUUGUAAUGAUCACUAAUGACAUCCACUGUCAGAUGACUGGAAGGUAAAUGGCUGUUAUCUGAUCA